AUGAGCUAUUUCUCUUCUUAUACAUUCUACAUUGGAAUAGCGAUUGUUUCAAUAAUCGUCUCAAUAGCGGCAUAUGUAGCACGUGCAAAGUACUUUCACCGACAUAUCGUGCCAUAUCCAAUGCAAGUUGUUGUUUGUCCUGAUGCUCAAUAUUAUCCUUCUUCUCUUCCUCCUGUUAUCCAGCCAGUACAAUAUCCACAAGUGUGUUGGUCAAUACCAAUGGAACAACCACCACCUGCGUAUAACACUGUUGUCACUGAAAUGAAUACUAACAGUAAUGUCAUUCAUGUCAACAAUCACUCCUAG